CCCGCGGGGCGGCGGCGGGCGGCGGCGGACAAGGAGGAGGAGGAGAAGGAAGAGGAUGCUGCGCGCCUUGGUGGCGGUGUCCCUGUGGCUGCGGGUGAGCCCGCGGGCGCAGGGCGCGCCGUGCGAGGCGGUGCGCAUCCCCAUGUGCCGCUCCAUGCCCUGGAAUAUCACCCGCAUGCCCAACCACCUCCACCACAGCACCCAGGAAAACGCCGUCCUCGCUAUCGAACAGUACGAAGAGCUGGUGGCCACCGGCUGCAGCCCAGUCCUGCCCUUCUUCCUCUGCGCCAUGUACGCCCCCAUCUGCACCCUGGAGUUCCUCUACGACCCCAUCAAGCCGUGCCGCUCGGUCUGCCAGCGCGCCCGCGACGGCUGCGAGCCCAUCAUGCGCCGCUACAACCACAGCUGGCCCGAGAGCCUGGCUUGCGACGACCUCCCCGUCUACGACCGCGGCGUCUGCAUCUCCCCAGAGGCCAUCGUCACCGACGUGCCGGAGGAUGUGAAGUGGACGGACUUCACACAGGGCUUUAUGGUGCCGGACAGACUGGAGCCCGACUGCAGGAGCCGUGGCCAGGAGCGGUGCAGGUGCAAAAAGACAAAGCCUACGCUGUCAACCUACUUGGCCAAGAACUACAGCUACAUCAUUCAUGCUAAAGUAAAAAGCGUAGAAAGAGGGAACUGCAAUGAGAUAACCACUGUGGUUGAAGUCAAGGACAUACUCAAGUCUUCAACACCAAUUCCUCUGUCCCAAGUGCCUCUUCUUACAAAUUCCUCCUGCCAGUGCCCACCUCUUCAACCAAAGCAGGAUGUUCUCAUUAUGUGCUAUGAGUGGCGCUCAAGAUUGAUGCUUCUUGAUGGAUGUCUAGUUGAAAAAUGGAAGGACCAGCUAAACAGAAGAUUUAAGAGGUGGGAACAGAGACUGCAAGAACAAAAGCGGCGAACUGCACGCAGUAAGAACCAGAAUUCAGGACGCAGUGGUCAGAGUGGAGCCCUGAAACCACAAACCAAGAACACCAACCCACUGAUCGAUGGCCCCAAAAAGGCCAUUAAAAUAAGAAAUGGCCAGAAAGAAAUCAACCCCAAAAAAGUAUGAGUGUGAAAUUCCUAAAAGGAAGGACUUUCCCUGCAUGACAAGGGUCACAAUCUGGCUUGGUCAGCAUGUUUUAUUAAUCUGGAACUCAUCGACUUAAAGAAUCAUGUAAUUUUCUACAUAGACCUCUUUGCUGCACUUUACUGUUAAAAGGUUUGCUUAUCCUUUCAAGUCACUGCAAGCCAUAGAGCAUAGGUUUGCACUAAUAUGAGGUAGGCAUAUUCCAGCUGACUGAGCUUUAUCUUUGGGCUCUGAUUUCCCAUCUAGACAGAACUAGCCUUGGCUGCCAGAGGUUUUGAUUGCUUGUACCAGUUGCCUGGUCUGCUUCCCUGCCAGAUGUUGGAGAGCAACAUGGAGUUUCUCUCUCUCCUCAGCUGGUGAGUUAGACUGUGAGUUAGUCUGUGAAUUAGCUGACAGCUCACUAGACCAGGCAGCUGAGUAGCAGCAGAAGGAUGGUAACCUCUGGCAGAUACCUCAGGCAGCAAUGACUGCAGCUGCUGGAGCUGAACAUAUCUGCUGUUUGGAAUCACAGCCCUUGUUCAGAGUGUUCAAAAGCAUAGUUUACCAUUAAGCAUCUGGAUAUGCAUUAUGUGAUUAUUUUUAUGAGUGUGCUGAAAAAUAUGCUUGCAGUGAUAGUAUUUGAUCUUCUGGGUUUGUGUAGUAAAAAAUGCAUUCAAAGCAUUUAAUUUUUUAAAUUGUACUUCAGGCUGGCUUCUGUUGUUCUAAUUUCAAAUAUAUUUAAACAUUUAAUUGAAAAAUCUGUAUUUUUUUUUUUAAAGGACCGAUUUAACUGAACAGAUCUGUAGAAUUCUUAAAAGUAACACAUUUGCUGUAAUACAGCUUUGCUAUGAAAACUGGAAUAGAAGCUUUAUUCUAAAGAUAACUGACAGCUACUGUACAGUAUUAAGGAUAAGAUAGGGCUUCAAGUGGCUCAGUAAUCAUUUGGAUCAUUUUUAUCAUUUGAUACCAUAUUUCUAACCUUUCUCUGACAUCAAAUAAAUAAAUAAAUAAAUAAAUAAAUCAGCUUCAUCCCUAUUAAUGAGCUUCUCAAAGCAACUGGCUAUCUGCAGUUUUUCUUAUCAGAAAGUAACAUUUACACUGAAAAGGGUGACAGAAAAGCAGAUUCUUUUAUUUAUGCAUUAAGUUUACUGACUUAACAUUUUGUAUAUGAGGUAUUAGAACAGCAAAGGUGAUACGAAGCUAAUCAAUAUAACUCCAAGGUGGCAUUUAUGCUAUUCCUUCUGAGGUGUACUUCAAUGAGGCAGCAUAGAUAAUACAUUCUGAUUUCAAUUUCAUGUAACACGCAAGAAGAUCACCAACACUGAGAUCAGAAGAGCUCAUGAUAGAUGUCUGAAAGACCUUCCAGAUUUCCUGCAGGAAAACUAAGAACUUGUCAAUUCUGGUAAAAUGUGGAUUUUUAUAAUAGAGCAGUUCUACAUCAGAAAAAAAAAAAGGAGUUCUGUGUAGGUUAUCUUAAGGAAUAACAAUUGUUCAUAUCAGUAUGUUGAUCUUUGCCAUUACAAAAGUUCCAAUGAAAUUUGCAUGUGUGAAAUUCACAGCAAAACAUGCUGGAGUGAUUCUGGUAGCAGCAAUUCCAUACUUGGUAAUUUGGUAAUGCGAAUUUGGGGCAUAGAUGCCAAGUAACAAUGUUUAAGACAAACAGACACGAGUGUUACAAGAAAAUGGAAUAAUAGUAUAUAGAAUAAUUUGGGGGGGCGAACCAGUGGAGAUGGUCAUUGUUGAGCUUUCAGUGUAGCACUACUGGUAAUUCUGGGCAGGUGUGGUACUUUGUUGAUAAGGAACACCUGCAGAGUUAGAUCCAAAAUUCAUUCCAGGUGCCAGGAAUGCUGGCAUAUAUAGCUAUAUAGGCUAUAUUGCAUAUAUAUAGGCUAAAUAGCAUAUAUAGCCUAUAUAUAUUGCAUAUAGGCUAUAUAGCAUGUAUAGGCUAUAUUGACUUUAGAAGAAAUUAUGUGUUUGACAUUUCUAAAAAAACAGACUACAAACUUGGGUGCUUAAAUACAGCCUAUAGGUGGAACCUUAAUCAAGUUCUGUGAAAUGGAAAAGCUGAAAUAGAAAUCAAAGGAGACAGAAUUUCACUUGCAGGUGACUAAUUUAAGUGAGUUUGAAAAUGCUGACUUAAGUAAGCAUGAUCUAAAAGAUCAUAAAACUUCUGUAAUAGUUUUAUGUACUGUGUAGUCGGAGUUCUUAAGUUUUGAUUACCUAUUGAUCCCAGUGUGUAAAGUACCCCAAUAAAUGUAUAUAUGGUUAGCCAUUAAAGAAUGAGCAGUAAUCACAGCAAUGUGAUGCUGAAAUAAUAAAUACUGAAGUCAUGAUAUAUCACUUAAAGAAAUUUUAUUGUGAACAUAGUCAAAUGUGGUGUUAAAUGAAAUUUUUAGAACAGCCACAUAGACUCCACAGCAACAUCACAUAUUAUUUUACAACUGUUAGAAUCAAACUUUUUUCUUCGUUUUGUCAGAGGAAAAAAUGUACAAAUUAUUUUCUCCAGAGAAUCAUCACCAUUUCUUCUCCAAGUUGCUGUCAUUAGAUUAGAUUGACUGGAAUAGACAUGGAUGUGCUGAGCCAGGUGUUUCCAAACUCCUUAACAUUUUUAUGUAUACUUUAUGCUGUCUAACUUUCAAUCUGAUAUGGUAAAAAUAUGGACGAAGGAAAGGCAAUACAACAAAAAGCAGGAGAUAUCCUAAUACAAAGAACAGACAUACAAGGGAAAAGUUAAUAAGGUAGUGUUUUUUCCAAACCCAUUUUUCCAUAUAUUUUAAGAAGCUAUGGGUCAACCCAGUUUAGCACUAAUGGAAGUCAAUCAAUUUUGAAA